CCAGGUCAUCGCAUCCAGCGCGGGCCAAAUCUCGAAUUUUGCCGCUCGCGACAGCCAUAAUAACGGCCGGGGGACUGCGAACAGGCGGUCCUCUCGCAUAGUUCGCGCCUACGCAGCCACGAAGCGUAAGGCCGCUCGAUUCGCCUGCGAACUUGUCCACUCUCACAGCCUCAGAUUUUUGUUCGCGACGCCAUGAAAGUGAAACAGAUGGCGAUCACGGGCCUCCUCGUCGGCGCCGCGCGAGGCCUGAUCCCACGGACGACGUUCGGGACUCAGAAGCCCCUCGCGCGCGGCCUCGCGCGCCGCCGGGCCGCGCGAAAGCAGCAGCAGGCCCAGCGCAUGCCUUCGACGCCGCCGGAGAAGGUCGACGGCCACGCGCGGCGCCUGUCGCAGCUCCAGGGCCACACCUGCCUCGUGCUGAACGCGGACUGGCAGCCCCUGUCGUACCUCCCGCGCGGCCCCCGCGUCAGAAACUUAUAUACGCGCACUAAUCACGCCGUCGACGCGCCGCAGGCUCAGCGUCUGGUCGUGGCAGGACGCCGUCAAGGCCGCCUGGCAGGAGCGCGUCCACGUCGUGAGCUCCUACGACGUGCGCGUGCGGUCGGCGUCGGCCUCGUUCGCCAUACCUUCAGUGGUGGUCCUCCGCAACUACGAGAAGCGCGGCGCCGAGAAGGCGCCCAAGUUUAGUAAAAGAUUGAUGAUGCUGCGCGACGGCUACCGCUGCCAGUACUGCAAGGACUCCUUCCCGCCGUCGCUGCUCACGUGCGACCACGUCGUGCCGCGCGCCUACGGCGGCUCGUCGACGUGGGAGAACACCGUGUGUGCCUGCACGGCCUGCAACGCGAAGAAGGCGUCCUUAUUACCGUCCCAACUCAAGGCCGUCGGCAUGCGCCUGCCGAACCCGCGCGCGCCCUCGGCCUACGAGCUCGAGGCCGCCGCGCGGGGCCUCGCCGUCCACAACCUCCUGCGCAAGAAGAACGUCCACGUCUGUGUGGAAAUCAACCAGUGAGUUAGGUUAUGAACCUCCACGCCAUCGAGCCGACGCGGCCACAGAGACAACGUCGCCUCGAUGGCGUGGAAUCGCCACGCCAUCGCGCAGACGCAGCUACCGGAAAGCACGUCGCGUCGGUGGCGUGGGGCGCUCGAAAUUUGAUUUCCACACAGGUCCACGAGUCCUGGAAGAUCCACAUCGGCGCGGCCGACCUCAACGCGACGAUGGCGAAGGUCGCGCGCGAGAACGAGGAGCUCUUCGCGACGGACGUCGAGCCGCGCAAGUUGGUAAAGCGCGACCGGAGCGUCGCCUACUCGCGGUAGAUCAUCAUAUUCCCCCCCCACUUGUAUAUUGUAAGAAGGCUAUUAUUUA